CUCCUCUCCUCUCCUCUCCUCUCCUCUCCUCUCCGCAGGUUCACUGGUCCUAACCUACCAUCUCCUGUACUCAGCAGUAAGAACUGGCUAAGACUACACUUUACCUCUGAUGGAAACCACAAGCUGAGAGGCUUCAGUGCCCAGUACCAAGUGAAGAAGAUGACAGAGCUGAAGUCCAGAGGAGUCAAGAUGAUGCCCAGUAAAGACAAUCAUCACAAGAUAUCAGUUUUGUCUCAGAUGGGUGUGGCCCAGGGACAUAACAUGUGUCCAGACCCGGGGAUCCCUGACCGAGGGAGAAGAAAAGGAUCAGACUUCAGGCGGGGAACCACGGUGCACUUCUCCUGUGAUGAGGGUUAUGAGCUGGAUGUGCGGGGAACCACGGUGCACUUCUCCUGUGAUGAGGGUUAUGAGCUGCAGGGCUCUAAGAGCAUCAGCUGUCUGAGAGUCACAGACAGCUACGUAGGCUGGAGCGACGACCGACCCAUCUGCAGAGUCCUCUAA